AUGCAUAUAUUCGAACUUGAUCGUCUUCUAUUACAAAUGGCUCAGGAUUGUUUAGAUUCUUUUCCUACAUCUUCAUCGAAUUCUUCUAUUGUAUCACUUCCAAUAAAUUCUCAACAUCGGCAAAAUCAUGCAAUUGUUUAUGAUUCUUCUUCAUCAAAUAAAUCGGCAAUAUCAUCAAGAAAAUCUAUUGAAUGUCUUUAUAUGAUACCAACAAUAAAUAAACAACCAACACUAUCAUUAACUUCACAUGAUCGUUUAAUACAUGAUGAUGAUCGUCGACCAAAAUCAGCAUCAAAUAUAUUAAUAGCUAGUCAAAAUCCUACUAUUACAGUAAAUUCAUCUCCACAUAUACAUAAAUUUCAACGAGUAAAACAUAAAUAUUUUCAAAAGAAAAUGUAUCGAAGUGAAAAUGAUUUAAUGUUAGCUAUACAACAUAAUGAACAAGAAAAAUUAAAUUUAAAAAAUAAUAAUGAUGAUACAUUAACAUUAGAUGAAAAUAAUCAAGAAUAUCGACAAACAAAUGUUCGAGCUUUAGCAAAAGUAUAUGAAAAAAAAACAAAUUUAUUAUCGGAUUAUUCUCAUGUUAAUACUCGAACAACGGAUGUACAUCAUGCUUCAGCACAAACAAUAAUUAAUGAUCAACAAAAAGAUGAUGAUGAAGAAGAAUUAACAUGGCCAAAAGAACCAAUAUCAACUAAUCCUUCAACACAAACAGGUGGAAUUAAAAAAUUUGUAAGUAAUAGUUUAAAACUUUUUAUUUUACAACCACAACAACAUAAACGAUCAGGAAAAUAA